CCCUAGCAGCCGGCCGCACUGCAGAAGGUCAGCGUGAGAAGAGGAGGAAAGCGGCAGAGGGAGAGACGCAGAGGUGGGGUGUCUUGGACGCACGGGAAUAUGCCGAGGGGAGAGCGUGCCGACGAGCAAUGACAACCAUGCUGAGCCCAAAGAUCAGACAGACCAGGAGAGCCAGGUCAAAGAGCAUGGUGAUGGGCGAGGUUUCGCGAGGCCCGUGCCGGCCGGGCUCCCCCAGCCUCCAGGAGGGGGCGCUGAAGGCCGGAUGGCUGAAGAAGCAACGCAGCAUCAUGAAGAACUGGCAGCUCCGCUGGUUCGUGCUGCGCUCAGACCAUCUCUACUUCUACAAAGACGAAGAAGAAACCAAGCCGCAGGGCUUUAUACCCCUGCAGGGAUGUCAGGUGAACGAAAUCUCUGCCAACCCAGAUGAACCAGGAAGGCACCUCUUUGAGAUCGUACCAGGUGGAAUUGGAGAGAAGGACCGUGCCCCGAUCAGCCAUGAAUCCUUCCUGCUCAUGGCAAACUCGCAGACGGACAUGGACGACUGGGUCAAGGCCAUACGGCGGGUCAUCUGGGCGCCGUUUGGAGGGGGAAUAUUUGGCCAGCGUCUGGAGGACACGGUGCAGUUUGAGAGGAAGUUCGGCCCUCGGCUGGCGCCGCUGCUGGUGGAGCAGUGUGUGGACUUCAUUAGGGAGAGGGGCCUGGAUGAAGAGGGUCUCUUUCGAAUGCCGGGACAGGCCAACCUCGUCAAAGAGCUCCAGGAGGCCUUUGACUGCGGAGACAAGCCUCUGUUUGACAGUAACACAGACGUCCACACGGUGGCAUCCUUGUUGAAGUUGUACCUGAGAGAACUGCCUGAACCAGUCAUCCCUUUCUCCAAAUAUGAGGACUUUCUAACCUGUGCACAGCUUUUGGCCAAAGACGAGGAGGAGGGGAUCCAUGAGCUUGGGAAACAAGUUAACGUUCUACCUCUGCCCAACUACAAUCUCCUCAAGUACAUAUGCAAAUUUCUCGAUGAGGUUCAGUCCCACUGCAACGAGAACAAGAUGAGCGUCCAGAACCUUGCCACAGUGUUUGGACCAAAUAUCCUUCGACCCAAGAUGGAGGACCCGGUAACUUUAAUGGAAGGAACUUCUCUGGUCCAGCACCUAAUGACAGUCCUCAUUAGGGAACACCACAGGUUAUACUCAGGGAGGGACCACGAAGGACCUGCUUUGCCCCAAACUGAGAUACCUGCCUCAGGACAUCAGCUCCAGCACCGCAGCUUAGGAGCCUGGAUCUCUGAGGAAGACCUGCAGAGUGGUCCAACUCCCAACACUGACCAAGAACUGGACAGCAGUGCCUCAUCUCUGGAUGCCAAACUGUGCGCAGCUGUCACCCCUACCCAGACCCCUAAUCCAAACGCCGGACCAAAAGGGGGGGCUUUAACAGGGAAAGCAGAGCCAGUGGUCAGUCCAAGUAAGCAAGCCAAGACCAUGCCUUCCUGGAAAUACUCGUUCAAAAGUUCCUCCGCUCCCCGUUCUCAGCCGCAGUCUAAGCAAACUGCCGCCGGUGGCACAGCGGCAGAUACGAGCGCUUCGUCUGGCGGCGGGGGUAACUGGCUCAUGAAUGGGUUGUCCUCCCUGAGGGGACACCGUCGCACGUCCUCAGGUGAGCGAUCUGCCCGAGAUCGUGACUCCACCGGGUCCUCCCAGAGACUGUCCACUUACGACAAUGUCACCUCCUCUUCUAGCACGGGGAGCGUUCCCAGUGUCUCAAGCACACCGUGGUCAAGCUCCUCCUGCGAUAUCUCUGUGACAGACUCCGGCGGAGAAACCGCAGUGCAGCAGAGCGUCAGAGGUGGAGUAGAUGGGGACGAGAAGGCGGAGUGGACGGAGAGCCAGAGGGAGGCUGAGACAGAAAAGGAAGGGGGAAUGGUGACGGAGCCCGGCUUGGACCGGGACAGCUGCGAGGCCAUGGAGUUUUGCACCAGCGGUGCACCAUGCAGUGAAAGUGAAAACAUAGCUGUGGUAGCAGGGUUGCCUUCCAUUAUUAUGACAGAGGAUGAAGAUGGGACAAACCUGACCCUGAACAGUUUCGUGGAGGGACUGAAGGAGGAGUUGAGGAAACAGAGGACCACAUACGAGGCAAGGAUUCAGAAAUUGGAAGAGUCCAGCACAGCGCUGUGUGCCCAGGUGGAGCAUUUAGAACAAGAGAUGGAGCAAGAGAAGAAGAAGCAGCGCAUGCUGGAGAUCAAACUCCGGAACUCUGAGAGGGCACGGGAAGAUGCUGAGAACCGUAACCGCCUUCUAGAGAAGGAAAUGGAAGAUUUCUUCUCCACACUAGGUGACCUUGCCCUGGGCUCAAGGACAAGCAACAUUUGAUUCAACAUGAAUUUCCAGUUUUGCUGACGCCAGCGCUGUAGCUGUCAACUGAAGUCUGGAAGUCUGAGUCCUUCUUUGUGCAACUGGACGCUCCUUUGAAGUGGGGGAAAAAAAAUUAAAUGAAUAAAAGGGGGCUUGCUGUUGCACAUUUCCAACAAGCUUAAAACUGAUGAAAAGAAGUGUCGAAGGAAGUAAAUGCCAUGUGUGUUCUGUGAGAUGAUCCUUACAGUGGUUGACUGUUUCGCAUGUUUGAAGCUGAGCAUGACGAUGGGGAUUCUGUAAUUAGCAUACCCCCUUCAGUGAUGUUUCAUGUUUCUUGAGAAGGCAGUGUCACAACCAUCUCAGGUGCCUGUUACAUGACUGAGAAAUCCUCCUACAAAUUCCCUUAAGCUUUGUACAGGAGAGCACUGACUUCUUCAAUCAACACUUUCCAUGAAUCUUGUACUAACACUAGAAUUGUAGGAACCCCAGCAGUAAUGCAAAUAAGAAAUUCAUAUUUAUAGUUACAAAAUGUCUUGAAGCAAUAGUUUGAUAUUCAAGGGAACCUGCCUUUUUUCCCUUUGCUUCAUUCCAACAUUUUAUAACAGUCACCACCUCAGUAUAUACCAAGUUAUUGGGUAAAAACCAUCUUGUCUGACAUUUUAUAUUAUUUAUUUAUUUAUUCAUUCUUUUUCUGAAAGACAUUUUAAAACAAUAUGGCCUCUCGUCGUCAGAAUUCCCAGUUUGAAAGUCAGUUUGUUUUUUUUCCUCAUGGGUUUUCCACUAGUCCCAUCUUCCAAAUCCAUUAUGGCUGUCUUGCAUAUAAAAGUGGUAGACAAAGGGGGGAAAAAUUGUGUAUUUGAAUUUCUGACUAUUUGUGUUUCACUGAAUCUUUCACACGCUCAGUCCUAUACAAUGUUCCUUAAGGAACAUCUUGCUGCAGCGUUUGAAUGUACAAAACACAGAGAAAUACAAUGGAAUUAGCUUGUAGCCUAUAUUGCUAAUUGUAGUUAGCUUCAUAACUGAGCACAUCAUUGUCCCCAGUUGCUGUUGUCCACUUCAGUUCUGACUUGGAGUUCUCAAAAUGUUCUGCUCUGCACUUCUAUUUCGAGAAAUUACUGAUAAAGCAAAGUUGUUGUUACUCUUUAUUAGCUCUAGCUCACAGUUGAUCUAUCUCCAACUACCUGGCAAAUACUUUAUGUCAAAUUUUCUUCUGAGUACCGACAUAUUUGCCAACAGCAGAUAGGGGCUGCAUCCGAAACAUUCUUAUAUAGCUCCUAGCUCCUGUUCUUUGACCUUUCAUGAGGUCAGUAAAAAGUCUAUCAUCGGUAGGAAACCAGCUUCAGACUGCUGUACCAAUUUUGGACAGCCUUUAACUCAUAUACGUCAUUACGCUACGGAAACACACAUGGAUGAUUCUAGUCAAAUCCGGGGCCAACAUCCUUCCGAAUAACAACUGCAGAAAACAUAAGUCAGACAAAUGUAGUGAAUGGCUGACGCUCUCCUUUACACAAACAUAUGAAGGCCCGUACAUUUUAAUGUGUCACACAUUCCACCUGAAUCAAUGAUGUCAGUGUAAAUAGUAGGCUACUAGCAUUAGAAAUGGAUCUAACAACACUACACUCCCAUGACCCCAACCCUCUCUUCUCUCCGGACGUUUUUGUUAAGUUCCAUGAGGUAUAAGUGGUCUGUACUUAUAAGUCAUGUCACGCAAAGGAUUGUGGGAUUCCUUAUGGCUCGUUGGUAAGGGACAUCAUGAGCUCUCUAUGCUAAAGGAAUCAUGAUAGGAAGCAUACAGGCUCCUUUUCACACCUCUUUCCUUAUAGACUGCACUAUCCGGACUGCACUUAUCUUGGCGAACACUGACGCUCUUCCGCUUUGGCUAUAGAGUCCCUACCAAUUAGACUUUUUCGGAUGCAGCCUUAGAGGGAGCUAGCCACCUAUGCCCAUAGGGGAAAGAUAUACCACAAAUACCCAGUUAUAUAUUAUGAAAUCUGUACUCAUAAAAAACAAAACAGUUUAUUUGAUAAAGAAUUACAGUUCGCCUGGGUUUGCAUCAACCCGAGCUAACUGACUUCAGCUCCAUUUACACUUUUUUAUACUGCAGGGUCAGUUGAGAAUUUGCUUUAUUGUUCCUUUUGGGGGAAAAAGUAGGUCACUUAAAUGUAAAGAAGUGGAAAUAUUGCGACAGCCCUACACUCAACCUGAGAUGAAGGUGGUUAGAACUGAUCAGUGAUUAGUGUAUCUCCAUACCUGGUCAAAUAAAGGUAUUUGAGUACCAGAUAACCAGUUUCCCUUAAAAUAACUCGGCCAUUUUACACAGUAACAACUUUCCAUUUUUGCAAUGCGAACAUUAUGGCUGAGGUUCAAGGUUAAGUUUGUAUAUUGUAUAGACAAGAGAGCAGGCUUCAAUAAACUAGACUUUAAAUUUCUUAAGUUCAACUUUAAAACAUACAGAAGGGACUUCUGCCAUAGCUGCCUCUAUCCCAUAGUUGCCCUCAGGCCCUUCCAGUGCCUCACCAUAUAUGGUUUGUCACCAUAUUCGUGGUUUCCGAGUCUUUUCGAUGGCAAGACCUAAAUCUUUUUUUUUAUUUAUUUACUUUCUGAUCCUCCUAAUGUUAAUAUGCCUUUAAUGUACAGAUUGUAUAUCAGGGGUUAAAAUUACUAUUCCUCAAGCAUUUAGCAUAGCAUUUAAUCUAUCUACAGAAGAUGUUACUCACAGUGUUGUGGAAAAAAGGGUUAGUUCUGUUUUUACCUUCCUGUCCCACUAACAGCAGAUGUCCAGUUGGUUGAGCUGAUACUUUUUCACGUUGUGACAGUUUGGCUUGGAUAGCGUCUACCCCUUUAGUAUAGGAGAUGAUCCAUGGAAAACCUGCAUUUAGUUUUGACUCAGGUGACCUUUGACCUGAAACAUUUAGGUGUGAAAAACCAAAACAGAAGAGAUCUGAAAGGGGGGGGGGAAAUACUUUUUCACCGCACUGUUCAACACACAGUAAAUACCAAAGCUGGACCGCCUCAUCAGCUAUUCACUCACACGAGAUCAGAAUGGCCUGCCUGGAAGCCAUGUUGAUUUUGGCACUUGAAGCUGAACACUGCCCUCAGAGAAACAAUGGCGUUUCCUGGCUGUGCCUUUAGGGAAGUGUUUUUUGAACAGAGGGGGGGAAAAAAAGGUUGCUUGCUUGUACUUAGAUGUGGUGCAAGUAUUCACCCACGUGGUGGCUGCUCGGUUUUCUUUGUUUUAUUGUGUGGAACCAAUGCCUGACGCUACUGAAUCCCUUAAUGGUGCCAAUUCCUGUUAGUCAACUGUAAAGUGAUCGGAUGUUUUGCAUCAAGAAUGUGUAUCAUUAUAGUGAAUGUGUUAUGGCUCAACACCAGUGCUGUGAUAGAAAUGUAAGAUAUGAACCAUUUCUUAGAGUCAGCCAAUGCAUCGGGCCCCAGCUGUACUUUUACGAAGCGGGGCAAAGACAUGCGAUGCUGAAGCUCGUGUCAGAGAGCUUUUUGCAGUUUCAGUCUGACCCUCUAUAAACCGACUGUGACACUGUUUCUUUUUAUAGCUAAACAAGGAUCUUGAUUUUGAGGGAAGUGCGUGUGGUUAUUAAAAAUCUAUCUAAUGGUGUUAACAGGACCAGGUGUUUUUUUUAUGGGCCCUAUGACUAUUGGUUUCACUGGAAAGCAGGAUUUUUGUUGGACACUGUGACUUUUUUUAACCCAAGGAUCAAAAAGGCAUUUUGUUUCCCCCAAAACGGUACAGUUUAUGAGCUUCUCACAUCUCAUAGUUUAGAGUGAAAUGGGAUAAAGCAAUGGCAGGUACUUCUGUGACUAAGAUUCUUCUUAUCAAUUAUGGUGCUUAUUUAUUAUACAUUCACAAAGUUGUUAUGAAUGGCCAUAUCUGAGAAUAAAGACAAGUGUCACACAAGA